UGUAACAAAACGGAAACCUAGAAAACAAGAAAAGAAAAACAAAACAAAGAAAGAGCUCUGGAAGCUCUCAGCUCUCUGAUGGCAUCAACAGCCGCAGCCCGAGCCGUCAUCUUCUCCCGCAUCACAGCCCUGUCAGCCAAGCCUCUCCCACCUUCUCUCUCUCGCUUCCUCCCUAUCCGCCGCAACCGCCCCUCCUCCGCCGUAACUGUGAGCUGCUUAAACGGUGGCGGAGUCUACGAUGACUACUUCGUAUCAACACAGAAAUCGAAUUUAGAUCGUGGAUUCUUAGUAAUAGCUAAUAUGUUAAAACACAUCGAACCUCUCGACGCUUCGGUUAUUUCCAAGGGGGUUUCUGAUUCCGCCAAGGAAUCGAUGAAGCGGACUAUCUCAGCUAUGCUAGGGAUUCUCCCCUCUGAUCAGUUCUCCGUUUUGGUUUCCCUCUCGAAACCUCCUCUUCAUCGCCUCCUCUUCUCUUCUAUCAUCACAGGGUAUACGUUGUGGAACGCGGAGUAUAGGAUUUCGUUGAUGAGGAAUCUGGAGAGAGCGGCGCCAGCGGAGGAGACGGAUGAGGGUUUGAGGCGGCGGCAGAGAGAGGCUGUGGAGGAGAAGAGGGAGAAGAGAGAGAGUGGAAGUGCUGGAUUUGAAGAGUUGGAGAAGAUAAGGCCGAGGGUUUUCGGGGAUUUGUCGCCGGAGGCUUUGAAUUAUAUUGAGAAGCUGCAGGCUGAGUUAUCUGAUGUGGAAGCGGAACUGAAGGCCCAAAAGAAGGAAAAUGUGCGAAUAGAAUGUGACAGGGAAAACAGGAAUGAUUUGUUAGAGUAUUUACGAUCUUUGGAUGCCAACAUGGUGACUGAAUUAUCCCAGCCAUCAUCUGUACAAGUGGAGGAAAUAAUCCACCAGCUUGUUCAGAAUGUAUUGCAAAGAUUCUUUAAGGAUGAGCUUACCUCUGACUUUAUGAGAGAUUCAGGGAUAGUAAACACAGGAAAUCACCAAGAUGCUUCUGAUGAAAACUGUGGCACUGUUGGCACUUCCCGUGAUUACCUUGCAAAGCUGCUUUUCUGGUGUAUGCUAUUGGGUCAUCAUUUGAGAGGCUUGGAAAACAGAUUGCAACUAAGUUGUGUUGUUGGAUUAUUGUAAAGUAAGGCGAAUUGAGAAAUGUAUAUUCUUCUUCUUUUUGGCCACUUUUCCUUUGUUAUAGUUUUGGUUAAUCCAAUAAUACACAUUCUUUUCUCCAUUAAUGCUUAUCCCAUCAAUUUUCUUCAA